AGGGUCACCGCGGUGGAGCGCGUGUUCGUCGACCUGAAGAGCCAGAGGGGCCAGGCCGCCUCGAGCGAGCAGGUGCACGAGGUGGGAAGGAGGCUCCUAGAAAUGCGCAACUGGCUGGACGAGAGCAGGCUCCAGGCGCGAAUGGCCGAGGUGGAGAAGAAGCUGCAGGGCUCUCGCGAAGACGAACAAGGUCCCCUCCGCGCUUGGGCGCCGGGUGGAGGAGCUCGCGGGCGCGCCUCAGGAGCACUCGGCGGCCGCCCGCGCCCAGGCCGACGAGAUGGGCGCCAGGCUCCUCGAGGUGAGCGGUCGACUCGGCCAGGCGGCCGGCCCGUUCGGGGGGCGGAGAG